AUGCCUCGUAAUGCGCGUCUUGUAUGUGCUGGUUGUGGGAAAUCAUCCGAGAAUUCUAUAAAACAUCGAGCAACAAAUAUUCUGUUACGAUUGUUUGUAUCGGCUCGAUCUUCAAAACAUCUUCAGCCACAAGACCAUAAAGGAAAAGGAAUCUACGAUAAACUUUUAAAUGGUGAUCUUCCAGUUAAUGAUAAUGAUGACAACGAAAUUGAGGAGCGGACUGGGUACAAUCUAGCUGUUAUUGGGCCAUUUCUUGCUGAUGGCAAGAACAAUGAUGCCUCCAUUGCUAAACACAUACUUUACAAUAAUGAUCAAGGGAUUCUAGAAUGGUUACAUGAUGAUGAUAUUAUUAUCGUUGACAGAGGAUUUCGAGAUGCAGUAAAAGCAAUUGAGAUGUUUGGUUUUCAUUCAGCUAUGCCUCGUUUUCUAAAUGGUAAAAAACAAUUUUCCACAGCCGACGCUAACUACAGUCGAUGUGUAACAAAAAGUCGUUGGGCUGUUGAAAGUGCUAAUGGAAAAAUCAAACAAUUUAAAUAUUUCAAUGAAAUAAUCCAAAACUCAGCCAUUUCAUUUGUUAGUGAUUAUCUUCAUAUCGUAUGUGCUAUCAUCAAUGCAUAUCUCGUACCUGCCAUCAAAGAUUCCCAUGCAGGCAAAGAGAUGGCAACUGAAAUGCUCAACCUUCUUGUUUCCGAGAAUGCAUUGCAAAAACGUCUUACAGAACUUACUAAUAUUAAAUGGAAAAAAUACGACGCCAAAAUGUGUCUCUUUCCCAUUCUGACCAUUGACGAUAUUCGUCGAUACUGUUUCGGUAUGAAGUAAUUUCGAUAUCUUAGCUCGUAGAUAGGAAUGUACCAAUAUUGUAGGUAGUUACCAAAUUAAACAAGCCAAAAACUACAUUCACGAACACUUGAAACCUUCUCAACUUGAUCCUAAUGAACUCGAAUUUGUUGUUGAAUUAUGCGAGCAGCAUUCUGAUCUCAUCAGAAUACGUUUUUCAUCCAGGCAUUCAACCCAAAAGAAUUAUUUAGCUACCGUGCAGUUUGCCAACUACCAGGACGAAUCCAUUCAAGGGUGGUAUUGCACGUGUCCUACAGGUGCACGGGUUGUUGGCUGCUGUGCUCAUACAGCAGCACUUCUUUGGUACCUCGGCGUGUGUCGAGCAGAGUACGAUGACAAAGGACAUCCUCUUUCAGCACAGUAUCUUCUCGAAACUGUCGACGAUUGUAUACAGUAUGCCGAGACAAUCGAAACAGAUGAUGAAGAAGAAGGUGAAGUAAAAUACCAUUUGGCUAGUGAUCAUAGUGACAGUAAUUCGGACAGUUCAGAUGAUUAGCUUUGUAGUGUUUUAAAGACUUUUCUUUUUUUAUUAUAUUAACUCAUUCAUAUAUAUUCAAGCUUCGUAUACAUAUUAAAUGAAAUAUUCUUUUAACUUCUAAUAUUCAAACAAGAAAUGAACCAUGUUCAAAUCAAAAAAGAAUAUUCUCGAUUUUUUGUUCUAAUUGAAAAAAUGUAUCGAUAUCUUAUAUAUUCAUAGAGACAAAACGAC